AUGGGUUUUACGUACCGAGGACACUAUAUUUUAAUUGUGAUCACUGCUUUCUUUCCUAUCACUUGUUUCACAUCAUACACGAUAGCUGUUUUAUUGGAUCACGUACACGCCUUGUUUCCAUAUAUCAGUGAUACAGGUACUCGAGCUCCAGAAAGUUGUGUUUUCGGGUUUUUCUUAGGAAUUUAUGCCCUUCUCACUGCUCGAGCAAUCCGACUACGAUAUCAACAAGUAUAUUAUCACUAUGGUGACAGUAACAGGCGGGCGUUACUGAUAUUAAAUAAGGUGGCAUUCAUUACUGGCUGGGCAGCGGCUUUAGGCAUCUACAUGGUCGCCAACUUCCAGGAAACCAACGUAUUAGCAGUGCAUUUAAUCGGAGCCUUUCUGGCUUUUAUAGUAGAUAAAGUUUUGAUUUUUGCCACAAUAGCCAGUAAACUGCAACCGGACGAUCCUCUAAAAUGGGGUCCGGGAGUAAAGGGAUAUACAGAGCACGUGAUAUCUACAUUUCUAGAAUGGGUUGUCGCCUUUAUAGCCACGGCAUUCUUUUUGACAUUCGCUAAAGAAUUUCACAAGUUUGAAAUUAAAGGUGAAGAAUUGAAUUUUUUAGACAUUGGAAGUAAUUUUGAACUGAAUGGUAAAGAAGAAAAUUCUGUUAUAAAUGAAGAAAUAAAAUAUUGA